CAUUUGACAUGACAUUUGUCAGAGAAAUUAUAUUGCGAUGUUGUAUGUUUACAGCGCAAAGGAGUAAAACAUCAGUUUCAAUGACUGAGAAAAAUCUAAAAAUAAGUAAGUCGAUACCGAGUCUGAGAAAUUACCGUAUUUAGAAACUCGCAGCGCCCGAUACCAAAAAUAUCUUUCGAGACGAAUGCACGCGGCGCGCCUCAGUCUCUCAAUGAUCAUACACGAACUCACAAGAAAAACAGAAUCAGUGGCCAGGGUCGUAUUGCCGGUUCUUUCACCAUGGGGGAAGUUUCUGACGCAGUGAAAAAGUGCUGUAACAUUUUGAAGAAUUCUUACAGCGACACGGAAAAGUUCGCUGCUUUGUUUAUGGUAACAAAAUUAGUUAAAGGAAAGCAUGCCACUCCUAAUGCGAAAAAGGCCAUAUUCGAAGCUAUCGGCUUCGAUUUUCUGCGAAGGCUUCUGCAAACCACCGACGUUCCUGUCGACUGCCCCCCUUCGAUCUAUAAAUCGGUGGCACUGUCCAUCAUCACAGUUUUCUGCAACGAGGAAGAAUUGGCCACCAAGAAAGAGAUGCUAGAGUUUGUACCUGUAUUCCUUGACAUCGUAAAGUCAGCUGAUGAUUCAGAAAACGACGACAGCCUCAUGGCAAUCGGAGAGGCCUACAACUGUCUCAGAGGCAUAGCUGCUUAUCCGCCAGGACAGCAAGCCCUAAUCAACUCCAAUGCUAUUGACAAACUAAGUGAAAUAUACUCCCAGGGAAGCUUCCAAUCGGACGAAGCGCUGAAUAUCAUGGCUGUCCUAGUGGCCAAGCAAGGCGCCUCCUGGAAGAACAAGGAUCCCAAAGCAUAUCAUGCUCUAAUGAACAAAAUAGCUGUGGACUUUGAAACUGAUCAGGACAAACGUAAGUUUGAAAUUUGCGAGGUUCUCAAUGCCCUGGUGUAUAACUGCCCAUCAAGAAAAGACUUGGCAGAAUCUGCGGCUAGUGAAACGUGGCCCCAGAGUGUGUACAAAGGCCUCUGCGAUAUAUUGCAGAGUAAAAUUGGAGCUGCUCAACGGAACCCUGCUCUCAUCCUCACGUCUAGCAUGUUGGAUCUGCUGGGCAUUGAUUGGAUAUUUUCCGAUGAAGAAAAAGGAAAGCAGAUAUUUCUGGUGCUUAUUCAACUAGCUGCUAUUGAGAUUCGCAUGCAGCUGGACGGAAAAGGCCUGAAAGCACUAGCUCCCCAACAGAGUCUAAUCAGUGCGUGCUAUUUGAUUCUGGAACUCUCUGUAGCCUUCAUUGCAACUGAUCAAAUUGACUUGGAUCAGAAAGAGAAGCAAACUCUGUACACAGGCCUCAAAGGAGCCUUUACUGCUAUUGUGAACUUGCUAUUGAAGGUUUCUAAAGAAAAGAACAAACCUUCUGGUGAGGAUAAAUUAUUUAUUUGUGCGAGUAUAAGGGUGCUGGUGGCAUGGCUUGCUCAAGAAACCACAGCCAUGCGCACACAGGUGUACCAGCUUCUGCCUUUCAUGUUGGAGCUUGCAAACGAAACAUUUUAUGCUGACCGAGCAAGGAGAAUUGCAGAAAAAGCAGGGACCCCGCAAGAAGAAGACCCACUCAGCAACAUCAACGUUCUCCGAGUAAUGUUACCAGCGAUGUGCCAUUUAGCUGUCGAGGAUGAAGCUAGGGCAAUCAUGUUGAAAAGCCAUGAAGAUAAGGUUCUGUUGGAUGUGCUCGAGUUUCACUGGACAAUAGUGCACUAUAAGAGACCUCCUGUCCCUAGGUCUGAACGUCUGAAGGUGCUCAAUCAGCCCAAGCCAGAGCUCACUCCUGAAAAACUAGAGGAGAUGAAAGACUCCAGAACAGCAAUGAUUAGUACUUGCAAUGUAUUGAUGAAUCUCACAGUGUUAGAACCCAAGUACGUCGAGGAAUCAGAGGUGUUCAACAAUCUACUCAAGUUUAUUUUCGAGAACUUACCCGAACUGAAAGACAUACCUGAAAAUCUAGUGCUACACGGAAACUUAGCCAUUCUUGGUUUACUCCUCUUAAAACAGUUGUCAAAGAAAGUGAAGAAGAAUGACUUCUCCAUUUGCCGCUACAUCCAAGCAACGAUACGUUUCUUGUGGGAUGCCUACAUCAUCGACGAGUCAAACGAUCCCACUGCUUUGGUUGUGGCGAUGUCAUACAAGGAGCACUGGAUGGAAAUCAUGGAGCUCUGGUUCCUUGGAAUGCAAACGCUGGCUUCCGUCAUCUCGCAGAUACCUUGGAUUUCUGAAUUUGCCAUUGAAAGUGGAUGGGCUGAGGGUAUUGUCCAGCUGCUGAAAAAAGUCAAGAUUGGUACUUUGCCGCCAAAUAUAAAAUCAGCUUUUGAAGAUUUCUUAUGCCACUUAGUCGACGCAAACGAGAGUGUGAUAGAUGUUUUGAAGAAGGCAGAAGCUUUGAGGGUGUGUAGAAAUCACAGACUGAUGGAAUUGGGCAAAAAAUUGUUUGGUGAUUAGGUUUUCAACAAUUAUCCAAUUCAUGCUCGACUGUAACCUUCUUUUAAGGAAAAAUGUACAGCCAUUUUUUUUUUCAUGUUUUUUCAUGCACCGAGAUUUGAAAGACUUGUAAAGGCAUUUGUUUCAAUAUGGAUUGAAGGUUUCAUACUGAUUUUUAUACAAGCUUAUAUUGGUUAGGAGAUAGUUUUAAAUAAAGGUAUUUGUUACUU